CGCAACCGUCGCUCCUUCAAUAUUAUUGCUAAUUAUUACUGCAACAGCCGUCAGGGUAACAGCACAUUCAUGGUGUGACGGAUGGCCAUGACUUAACUCCUGAACGGAAAGUGUAGCUGCCAUUCUCUUUCGCCACAACGCUCAGUGCCCGGGCAGCAGUGGUAAUAGCACAAUAAGAAGGUAACCGUUUCCUUCAAUUCCUAUCCUGUCUGUCAAAAUCCUCUAUCUUCUCCUGUCAGCUACCACUCUCGUCUCCCAAGGCGAACAACCGAAGAUGCAUUUCUACAACACUUAUCCGGGCUUCCUCUAUCGCCAAUUCUUCAUCUGUCCCUCCAAGGCCCCAUCCUCUGUGAGUCUAUAUGGACGGGCCGGCCUGAUCACUGGGUCCAACACCGGGUUGGGAUACCACGCCGCCUCCCAGCUGCUCUCCUUGGGCCUCACGCGGCUCAUUAUGGCGGUGCGAAACGUGUCCAAAGGAGAAGAAGCGCGCAAGCGACUUCUCGACUCUUUGCCUAAGUCGAGCAAGCCCCCUGUGGUAGAGGUCUGGGAGCUCGAUUUGGCAGAUUACAGCAGCAUCAUCUCAUUUGUGGACCGUCUGAAGCAAUCCGGGAUCAUCCUGGACUUUGCCAUCCUGAACGCGGGAGUAGCCAGCUUCGAGUUCGGACUGAACGCGUCCACUGGCAAUGAGAACAGCAUUCAGGUUAACUGGCUGAGCACGGCCCUGAUGACGCUGCUGCUUCUCCCCGUGUUGGACAACCAGGCCGCCGCGCACAUCGGCCGUCCGCGUCCCAUCAUCUCCAUCGUGGGUAGCGAGACUGCGGCGUGGGCGAAAUUCAAGGAGGCUCAGAUCGCGACUAAACAGCAUAUGACGCUCUUGCAGACACUGAAUACUGAGGAAUACUUCGAUAUGGGCGAUCGUUAUUACACGUCUAAGCUUCUCUACCAGCUUUUCUUCCUUGAGCUAAUGCGCCAUCACCGGUCUCCUACGCAGCAGUCAUCGGGAGCGGUCCUCAACUUGGUGAACCCUGGUUUCUGCUAUGGCUCGGAGCUCCAUCGCGGCGCGGAAGGGGUGUUAGGCAAGGCUCUGGGUGGUGUCAAGCGCGUGGUCGGACGGCCCGUCUCGAUGGGUGCUCGUACGCUGGUUCACGCCGCUGUCGUGGCUGGGCCUGAGAGCAACGGGAAGUACUUGAGUGACAACAGACAGGCUCCAUUCGCAGGAUACGGCGACAGCGACUCGGGCCGGAUCACGCAGCGCAAGGUGUGGGACGAAACAGUGACGGAACUGAGCAAGGUGGUGGACACGACGAAGCUUUUGAGCGAGAUCUGAGUGUGUCGUGAUGGAAAAGCCAUUCCUGAUUUACUGGUGGAGGAACAUGUUCUCUUGAUUCUCGGUUCCCUUGUUCGUAUGCUUCCGCUGGCUCCUGCUGUCGUUGUUUCUCUAUGUCAAUCGCUCUGCUCUAAUACCUGAGUCUGGAUGCGUUAGUUUUAAUUCUUUAAUUAGUCCCAUGGGCGUUUGUCCCGUUGUUAGUAAGCCGGAAUCAAGUCCUUGGAGUUAACUUCUCCUUAC